ACUAUCAUAUAUCAACGACUCACAAAUGACACAUCGCAUAUCCCCGGCCCUGAAAUAUCAAAAUGGACAGGAUUCGUCUACACAUACUAUUGGAUGAAUGGAAAGGCACCCAUGUAUGUCCAUAAGCUUCAUGAGAAAUAUGGCCCUAUUGUUCGAGUCCGUCCAGACAUGGUUGACAUAUGUGAUACAAAUGCCGUGAGAGAGAUCCACAAGACCAACAGCCGCUUCCUUAAAACCGUGUUCUAUCGCAACAUGGUCAGCGGUGCCGUGAAUAACGUAUUCUCGACUAUGGAUACCAAGUUCCACUCUGUCCAUCGGCGUCUCCUGGCAUCUCCAAUCUCCGACUCUUCAUUGACUCGCUUUGAGCCACUCAUAACUGAUAGAAUCAACCUUACUGUCAGCAAAAUGAAGCAGGAGAUAGAAUCUCGUGGUGCGGCUGAUGUUUUCAAAUGGUGGUUAUUCAUGGCAACAGACAUAAUUGGUGAACUGAGCUUUGGUGAAUCGUUCCGAAUGCUUGAGGCAGGAAAGAAAAACCAGUACAUCUCAGAUAUGGAACGACUGGCAUCAUACCAACCAAUGCGAACGACCUUCCCAACAUUAAUCAAAAUUGCUGGUCAUGUUCCUCUGCCAAUGAUCAAAGAAGGUGUACAGGCAGGUAGAAGACUUGGGAUGUACGCCGCACAGUCGAUAGAUCGUUAUCGACGUCUCAUUGCUGAAAAUCCAUCGGAGCCUAAGCCAACUCUACUUACCAAAUUGUUUGAAACCGAGAAAAAUGGCUUGACGUUCGACAAUAUCCGACAGGAAGCCCAAGGAUACAUAGUUGCAGGAAGUGAUACUACUGCUGUUACUAUGACUUAUCUGAGCUAUGCUGUGUCCAGCGACAGCCGUGUGAGAGAGAAACUUGUUGGUGAGUUGAUGGAUCUUUCCGAGCCUGUUACGGAUAAAAGCCUCAGAAUCUUGCCGUAUCUCAAUCUGGUUAUCACGGAGACUUUACGGUUAUACACGGCUGUACCGCUUGGUUUGCCUCGCUCAGUGCCGUCAGAAGGAGCCGAAUUCUGUGGAUACCAGUUACCGGGAGGAAGCACAGUAACAACCCAGUCUUAUAGUCUGCACCGAGACCCUGCUAUCUUCCCAGACCCGAACAGCUUCAAACCCGAGAGAUGGGAAAACCCUACCAAAGAAAUGAGAGAUGCCUCUCUUCCUUUUGGUGGUGGAUCUCGUAUUUGUUUGGGUGUUCAUCUAGCGCGUAUGGAGCUUCGGAUGGCCACCGCACUCUUUUUCCGUGCUUUCCCUGAUGCUCGACCUUCGAAGAAAGAGGGAAUGUCAGAGAACGAUAUGAUUAUGGAGUCUUUCUUCUUGAUGGCUCCACAGGGUCAUCGUUGCCUUAUUGAGACAUGA